AGUUCAUAGAGUAAUAAUUAAAGAAAACUGCGGUUAUUCACGCGAAGUGUUUGCUUUUUGAUUUUUGUUUUAACAUAAGUCUAAAGUGAAAAAAAAUUAAACAGCGACAGUAUAAUUUUAAAGUUUUUCAAGUGUUUUAAAUUCUUAACAAUAUAGUGCUCCGGUUUAAAAGUUCAUGAUGGCAGGCAUUUGACAGCUUAUAGCAUCAGUAUAAAGGAGAAGGAUAUUUUACUUAACAAUAGAGCAUAGGAAAGCAGCAACAUGUUUCAAAAGCAGACAUUUGGUAGCAACACCUCUGGGUUUGGCACCUCAACAACGCCGUCUUUCGGCAGUUUCAAGCCAACGACUGGCACCAAUGCGUUUGGUGCGCCGCCCGCGUUCGGUGCCUCCGCUGCCCCGCAACCCGCUACUGGAGGAGGUCUCUUCGGUUCAUCCAACACUACUGGAGGGCUGUUCGGAAACACUACAGCGUCGACAGCGACCCCGGCCUUCGGAUCUACGUCUGGGGGCUUCGGCUUCGGCGCCACCACCUCAACUGGAGGCCUGUUUGGCAGUAACCAAUCAACUGGUCUAUUUGGCAACACGCAGAACACUUCAGCUUUUGGAGCUAAGCCUGCAGGUUUUGGCUUCGGCAACACAUCAACACCUGGAACGUCUGGGACUGGCCUGUUCGGUUCAACGCCUUCAACCAGCACUGGAUUGUUUGGCCAACAGAACACAAGCAUAGGUGGUGGGGGGCUAUUCACUAAUACUGGAGGUGCCUUUGGACAACAGCCUGCACCGACUGGUACGGGCCAUAUCAAGUACAAUCCCGUCGUUGGCACAGAUGUUGUGGUCAAGUCUGGUUCAUCGCAGAAUGUCAACAUCAAACACCAUUGCAUCACAUGUAUGAAGGAGUAUGAAGGCAAGUCCCUAGAAGAGCUCAGGCUGGAGGACUACACUGCUGGACGCAAGGGUUCCACUACAGGGGGCAUGUUCACCGGCUUCCAGCAGCCCACCGAGAACAAACCACUGUUCGGAGGCACCAGUUUCGCUCAACCCGCCACAACUAGUGCACCGUUGUUUGGUGGCGGCGGUCUCGGCACCUCGGGCUUCGGACAGACAAACACGUUCUCAUUUGGCGGCAACACUCAAAACCAAACAACGUCUACAGGCCUGUUUGGUAACAAGCCUGCCUUUGGAGCGACAAGCACUACUGGCACUGGUAUCUUUGGAGCGGCAACCACACAGACCCCAACCUUCGGCACUACCACGCCAAGCUUUGGUGGGUUUGGAACCAACACGCAGAACCAACAAAGCACUGGUCUAUUCGGUGCGAAGCCGGCUACCACUGGCUUCGGAAGCACUCCGGCCAGCAGCAGCUUCGGCGGCUUCGGAACCGGGCUGUUCAACGCUAAACCGCAGCAAACCACUGCACCCACCUUCGGGUCCACUGCACCAUCAGCUUUCGGCUCCCUGUCUAGCGGCUUCGGCACUAACACGUCCAGCUCCGGCUUCUUCGGCAACACCUCGAAGCCCAACACCAUGCCGAUGCUGGGCGGCCAGACACAGAACACAGGCUUCGGCGCAGGUAUAGGCACAGGACUGGGCACGUCGUUCCAGGCGAAGCCUGGCGCACCGGCCUUCGGCAGCCUGGGCUCCGGCUCCAUCUUCCAGCAGCCGCAGAACAACAACACCUUCCGAACUGGGCUGGAUAGCGGGCUUGGUAACAGUAUGUUCGGGACUACACCGUCGCUGGGCACUGGCUUGUCGUUGGGAGGAUUCAACUCGAACAACUCGACGGCUCCCUCGGCGAGCUGUGCGGGCGGGGCGGCGCUGCACGAGCAGCUGCUGGCGCUGGCGGCGCGGCCGUACGGCGACUCGCCGCUCUUCAAGGACCUGCUGCCCGACACCGCCACUCCAGCAGAGGAAGCCCUGAAGCCAACAAACCCAGCCGCUCUGAAAGCUGCCUUGGACAGCGCGUAUAAAGUGGCCUCACCAUCGUCCGGCAGACUGCGUGUCAUACCUAAGCCUUCCGUACCUCAUGACAAGAAGUCCCUAUUCGACGGUCUGGAAGAAUCUGACGCGAGUCUAGAAGACAAGCUGUCCCUGAAACCCAGCCGGAAGCGGCUGGUGCUUCGUCCCAACUCAAAGCCGAAUGACACACAGGACUCCAUGGAACACAACUCUAAUGUCAACAGGUCGUUGGAAGAGCAGACGUCACAAAGCGAAGCAAAGAGCGAGCGCCCUGAUGCAGGUCCGCCGGAACCGAACGCUGUACUCUCCACACACACCACAAAGUCCGCACACGACGUACACGACGGACCGCAUACGAAUCCCGAGCAAAGGAAUGGCGACAAUAAUAGCUCCGAUGUGAACUCCGACAAACACAACUGGUUAAGCGGCAGCAAAGUGUCGUGGGCCGACAAGGACAAGCCGGUGGACGGGGAAUCCACACCCCGACUGUAUCCUAAUUUGGAUAAAGAAAUAUCUCAGACAACGGAGAGACGCGCCAGUUGGUUGACCACGAAGCCUCUCCGCAAGCCGUUGGCCACAAAUCCGGACGCCGCCGAGAGUUCCGUGCGCGAGCUGGCCAUACGUCCGGAACGAGCUUCCGUGGACAAGGAGAAUGUCGACUCCGGUUCCGUGUCGGAAGAAGAGAACGUGAUAGAGAACGACGCGCCGCCUCACCCGGCCGGGAUCAAGCUGCGACGUCCCGGCUACUACACCAUACCCUCACUCGAGGAACUCGUUGAGUAUAUCCGGCCGGACGGUUCGUGCGUGGUGCCUCACUUCACGGUCGGUCGCAAGAAUUACGGGAACGUGUUUUACGACUGCGAGAUGGACGUCGCCAACCUCGACCUGGACUCAUUAGUGCACUUCCUGAACAAGGAGGUGAUAAUCUACCCGGAGGACGCGGACAAGCCGCCGGUGGGCCAAGGUUUGAACCGGCGCGCCGUCGUCACGCUGGACCGCGUGUGGCCCCGGGACAAGACGCAGAGGAGGCUCAUAGUGGAGCCCGACCGGCUGCUGAAGAUGGACUACGAGGGCAAGUUGCGGCGCGUGUGCGAGAAGCAUGACACCAAGUUCAUCGAGUACCGGCCGCAGACCGGCAGCUGGGUGUUCCGGGUGGAACACUUUAGCAAAUACGGCUUAACGGACUCCGACGAAGAGGACGACCCCACCCCGGAAGUGUUAAAGAGGCAGCUCGUCAAUCAGUCCCUGCAGAAGUCUGCAGCCCCAGCACCAAAGCAAGCGGUAACAGUGCAGUCAGCCGGGUUGGGUGGUUUGGGAGGAUUAGGCGGCUUGGGCAGCUUGGGAGGUCUCGGGGGUCUAGCGGUCCCGCCUGGCACCAGUGCAGCAGCCGAGGACCUGUUCUCCAUGCAGCGAACCUCCCUAGACUUGCUCAACGGCACCGAAAAAGGCUUUGACAUGGACACAACCGAGGACAGCACGGAACCGCCGACCUUGUAUCCGGACAAUCUGGCGUUCGGUGUAAAGAGUCCAACAAGCGAGCUGGCCCGUCUCGAGCAGCGACAGAGCCACAAUGUGCAGCUGAUGAAGGCAUCGCUGUACGCUGAUAUUGAAGACAUGGAAGAGGAGGGGUCCGUGUCGACGGGCGACCAGCUGGUGCCGGAGGGUUCCAGUGUCGCGGUCGAGUCGCUCUCGCGACAUGACGCGAUGUCGUACGACACACGCGACACUGUCGCAACCAAGCACGACACAGAAGAGGCCGUGAUGAAACCUCUCGUUGUUCGCCCUCACCGCAUCGUGCUCAAUUACCACAGGAAGGUGCCGCCCUUCAAGGAAACUAUAGCAGGUCGGCUGGGUGCGGCGUGCUUGGCGGACAUGAGCGUGUGGCGCGCGAGGCACAGCCGCCUGGGCUUCGGGCCCGCCCGCGCCAUGGUCUACGUCUCCACCUACGACUCGCUGGCCCACCUGCCGCGCUCGGCGGAGCUGAGUGAGCUGGGCAGCUACGUGCGCGGGCGCGGGGAGCACGACUGGAGCGAGCCCGUGGUCGCGCGCCUGGCCCUCGGCCGAGAGACCACCGCGUCACAGGAUACGUUGGCGCUGCAGCUGGAGAGCCUGCUGCAAUUCUCGCAGCUGGUGCAGGAGGAGCCGUGCCCGCGCCUGCAGUUGUCGCAGGAGCCCCAGCAGAGGCGAGCACUGCUGGAACAGCUGCUACAGCAUGCACAGUCGGACGUGACGGACACCUACAGUCUCCAAGUGUGGAAGCUGUGCGAUGCGCUCUGGGGCGCGGACUUGGACAACGACGGUAUUCCUGGACAGGACUUGCAGUCAAUCGUGCACAGAUACCGAAAGCUGCUGGGAUGGCUGCAGGACGCCGUGGCUGACGCAACCCAGCAUGACCUCAAGCUACCUGCAACUGCCGAAUCUAUUGACGAGUCCGAUGGCCACAGCGGCAGAGUGUGGACUCUGUUGGUCGGGGGACGCGUGUUGGAAGCCUGCAAAGUGGCCCGGGAGAACGGAGAUCUACACAUGGCCACACUGUUGGCCCAAGCAGCCGGUGAUCCUUCGUUCCGGUCGCUGGUUGCGAAGCAGCUGCACCUGUGGCAGGAGUGCGGGGCGCACGAGCUGGUGGCGAAGCCCCGGCUCGCUGCGCUGCAGCUCAUCGCCGGGCUCCGCCCCCGCGCCGAACUGGAACAGUUGGACUGGCUCAGAGCACUCCACGCCACCGCUAGAUAUCUGUGCCCGCAAGUGCCGAGCCUGGAACAGAUUGUCCGUACAUACGAGAGCUAUUUCCGGACCGAUCUGACCAACCCAGACGGUAACGGUCGCAACGGUGAGGACGGUGAACUAGACCUCACCACUGUGCCUGAAGACGAGAUGGGGAUGAGACUGCCCCUACCACCUUACUUCGAUCAGUAUGAUUACAACGUCACAGGGGAGAGCAAGCGACGACGUGUUCUCGAUCUUCGCUACGAGUUGCUGCGAGCUAGAGCCCUCAACUGCAGAGCUAAACUGCAGCCCGCAGCCCAUACUGCAAACCCCCUCGACUACAGUCUUACUUUCCUGGUGGGCGCCUGGCUGGGCCACCCGACUGCCGAGAGCAUCACGGGAGCGGCGGACCAGCUGGAGGCGCGCGGACACUGGCACUUGGCUGUGCAGGCGCUCGCUUACUUGCAGGAGCCCGUCAUGCGUGGGCACUUGAUCCGUGGCGUGCUAUCGCGCAACGCUCCGUGCCGCGAGGAGGGGCCAGCUGUGGAGCAGCUGCAGCUGGUGCGGCGGCUGCAGCUGCCCGCCGCCUGGCUGCUGCUGGCGCAGGCUCACCGCGCCAAGUACCAGCACCAACCAAUGUUGGAAGCGGAGUACUUGGUCGGCGCCCAGCAGUGGAACGCCGCGCACAAAGUUCUGGUAGAUGAACUGCUGGCCGAUGCGGUUUUGGCUGAUAACGUGCAGAGCCUACGACCGCUUCUAGAGAAAAUGAACGAAGCCGCAGAUAGACACGAGAUCAGCGGAUGGGAGUCUGGCGGGAAGGCUCUGUACCACUAUAUGUACGUCUGUGAUGAGGUCCGGGACUUGGUGGCAGCGGCCGAGGGCGAAACCCCCAGUGAUCACAACCAUAGCGGGUCGGGGCUGCAGACGCGCCAUGAAGCCCUGCGUCCGCGCCUAGCUGCGGCCUGCACUGCACUGGAAAAGUUGCCUCCACGCACGGGCCGGCAAGCAGCCGCCCGCAGUGAGAUGGGAGCGCGACUGGUGCAGCUGGCGCUGGCGGGCGGGCCGCCGCCGCGACACCUGGCGGCGCUGUUGCGAAGCCUGCAGCUGCCGCCCGACUGCACCGCACGAGCACACCACAAGGUGACCACCGACCUAGCGGAUCAGGCGUCUGAACUGUGCGUCGACUCUCUGCGCGCGCCGUUGCACUUGCAGCGAGUCUGAAUUUAAUUCAGCCAUGUAACAGACUAUUGAUAAAUUUGGUGCCACUUAAUGAAAAAGGAAAAACAAACUAACUAAUGUAAAAUUUGGCGCCAUUUCGUGAAAAAAAAAUAAAGUGACAAAUGCCGCACAACAUUCGGCCACCGUUGUUAAUAAUAUUUUCUUAAAAUCUGAAUAAUAAUUAUCGUAGCAAUAAUAUUUUCUAUUUUUUUUUGUAUUUUACAUAAUGGAAUUAUUAUAAAAAUUUCGAAAUUAUGGUAUUUAAAUUAACAGCUCGUCGAAGGGAAAUAAAAUUACAUAAUAUUCUAUUUAAAUUGUUUACUCUCAACGUCCAAACCAUUGUUUAUUUUAUAUAAUCAUUUUAUUUUGUAUUAAUUUUCCUGUGGCAGUUACAAUGUAAUAAAUUAAUGCCGAUUCAUAUGAGCUUUGAGAUUGGAAUUCUUAGAAAACCUCAAGUUUGAACUCUUAAGUUCAAUGUAAAAUAAUUUGUGACCAUAUUAAACUACUCAAAAUUUGAUGUUGUAAAUUUGAGUUGAUACUCGAGACUGUGUCACUAUAUAUAUAUAAUCACCACAUUGUCAACGAAUACGUUUAAAAAUUGAAUGAGUUCUUUUAUAGAAAGGUCCCAAGUAUUAUAUCUUGAAUUGAUUUCGAUUAAGCGUAAUUUAUUCAAUGUGCUUGUAUAAUUUGUAAUUACAGUGCCGACUACUCGUUUGAAUGGCUAAAAGGACAAGCAUCCAGGCUAAAAUCUUAAUAAAAAAAACACUGCUCGUUUGAGUCUGAAAUAUGGAGUGUAGAGUAGAAGGAGGACCAUCUCUGUAUAUGAAAAGUGUCCCUAAAAACGCGUCCAAUAAGGGUGGCGCUGCAGUAGCAUAGAAUAAAUUAAAAAAAAAGCGCCAAAAUUCAGAGAAAUAAACAAGGACCGACCAAUCCGAUUGGUUUUGUACUACGUAAAUAGUUGAGGUUUUGUAUACUGGCAUUUUACUAUUUACUCUAGUCAUUAAAUAUAUUAAAUUUUUUAAAUAUUUUAAUUCAGCUCACUUCACUCCGUCUAUAACAGCUAUAUUCAUAUCGUAGUUUUUCAGAUGCCAGCGCUAUUGUGGUAGGUUUUGGAACCUCUAUUUUCAGUAUAUAUUGGGACUUUCGCACCUUAUAAGAUGGUUCUCCUUCUACUCUACACUCCAUAGUCUGAAACUACGCGCAAAGUUUGUUUUAAAAUAUACAAUAGCGCUAGUAUACUGCUAGUAGGUUUUGUUAAAUAGAUAACUAGAUUUAUUUUCUUUGUGUUUGGAAAAUAAUAAACGAUUCCUGAAAAAAUCUCGGUUGCCCCAGUUGUGCCUAUUUGGUCAGGGUGAUUUUUAGAUGUGGUGUGCAAAUCUGUUAAUUAACGGUUGAAACUACACGAAAGCAGUAAAAACCAUUAUUGUCGGGUUUCUAUAAAUAAAAACCGCUUCGUUUUCUUUUACGAGCCGUUUUACAUCACAUAAAGUGCAAAAGAGUUUAUUAAAUCGCCGUACGUACAGUUUUUCCAUGCACCUAUUUAAGUAUGAAAACGGAUCGUCAUGAAGAACGAAACCUUUUUUUAAUAUAUACAUAUAAACAAUCUUUAUAAAAGUGCAAUUGUUUUACUUAUUCCAAAUUCGUAAUGAGGCUUUUGUAUAGUUUCAAGGCCAACGGACUAACGGACUGGGACCUCGCUAAAAUGUGCGUAAAUGCGCGUGUGUGCGUUGGUUGUGAUUGUGAAUGUGCUUGUUUAGCGAUGAGAGACGUUUUGCCACCGUUGUAAAUUCUCUUUUGUGAUGUAGUAAAUAAAUCUUUAAUUAUUUGUUAGCGAAGUUCCAGUCGCGAGUCGAGUAUCUGCUAAUAUUAUAUUGUUUGUAUUAACUUUAAGAAUACGUUUGAAUUGUAAUAAAGAUUUUUUUCU